AAGGUGCCUUUUCGCAACUGGCAUUUGCAGGGAACGGAUAUCUCCGAAUCCAGAAAGCAUAAAAAAUGCAUUUCUACCUGGUUAUUUUGCUAUGCAUUGUGCCCUCUGUUAUUUGCGUGACACAGGUUUCGUCAGAAGUUAGAUUCAAUUACUUUGAUGAUUACUUAAGUAGCUUGGAUGAAGAGCAGCAAGCAAAAAUAACAGGUGAAGUGGAGGAACUGGAAGGUAGCGGAUCGGAUGAUAGACAGCAAGAUGCAAUAGACCUUAAUUUACCCCUCAGAACAGGUUUGACCAGAAGCAAAGACGUAACAUGCUGCUCUUUGGGACAACUAGCAGGAGAUAAAGGUUACCACUGUUUCGCUAAAUUUUAUGCAGCCCGUAUCUUACUCAGAAAUCAAAACAGAGCCCACAACAGGAAAAUGGGAUUUCAUGGUCGUUACAGCGUCCCUAAUUACGGUACUAAGCUUAUGCGAACCUUUGAACAAUGCGUAGCAAAUAGAGGAAUGGUGUUUCACAAAUGUUGUCAUGUCGCGGCAGUCCAAAGAAGAUCUAAACCACACUUUGACAGCCUGCAGAGGAAGAGGUACGAGCUCAAAAUGAAAAAAAUAAGGAUGCCAAGGAAUAUGCAAGUGGAUGACACAUUAGUUGGAGUAUAAGAAUAACAAAAGUAAUUCUGGAACUAUGUAUCUCAAGCUAUCUCAUUGUACAUUUAAACUUGCGCAUUGUAAAUUAGUAGCAUUUCAUUAUGUAAGAAAUAUCCUUUAUAAUCUGCAUGAGGGACAAAAAAUGAUAUUCCAUUUCCAUAUUCAUUUUUCAGAUUGUAUCAUAUAUUUAUAGUCAAGCCAGUUUUCAUUCAAACAACACAAGGUUUUGUAUAGAUAUGCAUAAUAAAAACAUCGUUGCAGAAUUUCAACUU